AUGAAUCAAAAGAAUAAUGAAGAAUACCAGAAAGAAAUUAAAGAAAUUAUGAUUAGUUCACCCAUUAGAGUUCCCCAAAUAUCAUUGAAAAGCUUUGAUAUUGGACGCGGUAUUGGUAAAGGACAAUUUGGCCGUGUUUAUAUUGCAAGAGAAAAAAUAAGCGGCUAUAUAGUAGCAUUGAAAGUGCUAACUAUUAAAGAACUAAUUAAAAAAAAUGCUGAAAGACAAUUGAGACAUGAAGUAGAGAUUCAGGCCAAUCUAAAGCAUCCAAAUAUCCUUCGACUUCUCAGGCAUUUUCAAGAUAAUAUAUACUUUGUUUUGAUCCUUGAAUAUGUAGCCAAAGGAGAACUUUAUAAAAAACUUUAUAUUGCACAAAUGGUUGGAGCCUUAAGUUAUAUUCACCGAAAACACAUUAUUCAUCGAGAUAUAAAACCAGAAAAUUUGUUGAUAGAUUUGAAUGACGAAAUUAAGAUUGGAGAUUUUGGAUGGUCUGUGCACACAAGCCAAAGGCAUAAAACAUUUUGUAGUACAUUGGAUUAUCUUCCGCCAGAAAUGGUUGAAGGUAAAGAACAUGAUGAAAAGGUCGACAUUUGGUCACUUGGUGUUUUGUGCUAUGAACUUCUGACUGGUACUGUACUAUUUGAAGAAGCUGGUUAUACUGAAACAUAUAAACGAAUAGCCAAAGUUGAGUUCACCCUACCUGAUCAUUUGUCAUUUGAGGCUUGUUACUUGAUUAACUCGUUACUACAACACGAUCCGAAACAGCGUCUACCUUUGAAAGAUAUCUUAAGACACCCAUGGAUUCAAAAAUAUAAGAAAAAGCGUGAAUAA